AUGCUAACAACUGCUAACAAUUUGGCACUACGUGCCUUAUUCUUAAUCGGUAUUCGAAUACAUUGCACAAAGCCAGGAUACGAAUAUUAUUUCGGCACUACGUGCCUCAAACCUGGCUCUCAUCGAGGAAUUAACCAGAAAGCUAAGGCACUACGUGCCAGGUUCGGGCAUGGCCCUCACAUCGGGCCCACAAAUGACG